AAGAAUAUAUAUAUUUUUUUGAUACUUUUGGAAAAUUGAAUAACCAAACCCAAACCUAUCAAAAUAAUCUAUCCUCAUUAGUUAUUAUUCCUUCUUUCAAACCCAUGAAGCUAUCAAAAUCAACCAUCUUCAUUACUCUUCAAUGCUUUCUUCUCAUUUCUCCUUUAGCCUUUUGUGAUGAUAUUAUCACUGAUAGUUCAUUUCUCUUCCAUAUAUGUUCAAGUUUUGACAAUUACACAUCCAAUAGCCCCUAUGCUUCUAACUUGAACCAAGCUUUGGAUCAAUUGAUAUCCAAUGCUCCUCCCUCCGGCUUUGGCCUAAGCUCGGUCGGCAAAGACGACGAUCUACAAAACCAAGUCAACGGUUUGGCUCUAUGCCGUGGCGACGUCUCGUCUGCGGAUUGCAAGAACUGCAUCGCGAUGGCAAGUCAAGAGAUCCAAGAGAGGUGCACUAAUAGAAAAGGAGCUGCCAUAUGGUAUGAUUUUUGUCUCUUGAAAUAUUCCAACACAAAAUUCUUUGGGAAGAUUGAUAAUAGGAAUAAAUUUUACAUGUGGAAUUUACAAGAAAGAGAUGAAGAUCCUGAGGUGUUUAAUAAACAAGUGAAGAGGUUGUUGAUUAGUUUGUCUGAAAAAGUUGAAGGUACGAAGAAUUUAUAUGUGAUUGGUGAAGUUGAGAUGAUGAUCAGGACAAAGGGUAUGGAAAAGUUGUAUGGAUUGGUUCAAUGUAGUAGAGAUUUAUCAAGUAAUGCUUGCAAGCAGUGUCUUCAAAUUGCAAUUGGUGAACUUCCAAAUUGUUGUAAUGAUAAAAUUGGUGGAAGAGUUGUUGGUGGGAGUUGUAACUUUAGAUAUGAACUUUACCCUAUUGUUGAUGCCCAAAAAUAAGUUGGUUUAAUUUUGUCUUCUAAAUUUGUAAUGAUAUGUGUACUAUAUAGUGUACUUAGUUUAAUUUUCUUUCCUUGUUUAGAUUAUAAUUUGAUGUUAAAAGAUAAUAAUGUAGCUUUCUGUAUUUCUUUUAAAAGAGUGGAAAUAAUAUAUAUGAUUUUUGUUUCACAACA